UCUCUUCUUUUUUAUCAGGCUUAUCCAGUUUUACUCAGUAUUGUUAGAGAGGGAGGAUUCAGAGGGCUAAAGGAAUGCAAGAAACAAUUCAAAAACGAGAUUUGGAACUGUUCUCUGGAUCAGAGUAAACAGGACGUAUUUUCACAUCUACCCAUAUUUGUUAAAACAACGCUUCCAUAUGGUAAGGUUAUGGCAGGUUAGAGCCAAUAAAAUGAGCUGAUUUUUUUUUUUUAGCGAAGCAACGUGUAUAGAUCGAGUUUCUUUAAUUUCCUCAUUCGGGAUUGUCUUUCUACAGGAUAACUUGUGUGGUUUCUCUUAAUAGUCUUUCACAUCAAAAGCUUCAUUAUUUGUUGACUAACACAACCAAACUCCUUUAUGAUUGCUUGUAAUGGCCUCUUUUGACUGGUAAUUGCCGUUUCACGGACCAAGUGACUUAGCUCUUAUUAAAGAUAUGAUAAACUUCUCUUAUGUAACCCCCCCAAUCCUAACAAGCGUGGAAAGAUGGCGGGUAGAACAACGUCUAUUGGUACCAUUUUCUGUUGCAGCCACUCGUGAGACAGCUCUUUUACAUGCCAUAAGCAACGCUGCCAUCACACACGAGGUCACGCUUCAGUGCAGACAAAACAAAAUACCCGGAUGUCAUUGCGUUGAAAAGAACAAACAAAACGGUGGUGAUGGAGAAUGGGAGUGGGGAGGAUGUGGGGAUAACAUUUGGUUCGGUGAGAACACAACGAAAAGCUUUAUCGAUGUUUUGGAACCCCAGGAAGAAAGCGUCCGUAGGGCAGUUAAUCUCCACAACAAUGAAAUAGGAAGACGGGUAAAUAUCUUGCCAUCUCACUUUUUACAGCCAAGAGCAGUAUAUUAAUAGUUAAGAGAGCUUAGUUUAAACUAUGAAGCACUCACAUUAAUUUUAUAAGAAAUUGCAUGCUGUAUAAAUGAACAGAUUUAUAGGGGAUAAAAAAUCAUUUUAAUUGGUGAACUGAAUAAUUGAAUGAACGACCGAUUAAUUGAUUGGUUGAUUGAUUGAUUGAUUGAUUGAUUGAUUGACUGAUUGACUGGCUGACUGACGGGCUAGCUGGAGGGCCGGCCGGCCGGAGGGGCCGGAUGUCUUAUGGCCGGCCUGCAUGGCUGGUUCGACUGGUACAGGAAGACUUGAAACAAAAAAAAAACUUAAUAAUAUUCUAGGGAUGCAUGGCCUCUCAUGUUUUCGCAGUAGCUGUGUUUUUCUUGCUCUUUCUAACUCUGGGGACAAAUAAUGGGGACGUCUAACAAAAUGAAAAUAAUUACUUUCUUAAGAUAAAAAUGGUUUUUGCUUUAAACUAAACAGGUGGUAAGAUUAAGCUUGAAAAAAGAAUGCAAGUGCCACGGCGUCACAGGCAGCUGUGAGUAUAAAACUUGCUGGAGAUCCCUGGCACCUUUCGAUGAAGUUGGUCAACAAUUAAAGCUCAAAUAUCGACACGCUGUGAGAGUGUCUCUCGUGAAAGGUAUCUUGAAAGAGGUGAAAACGAAGAAAAUAGCAGCAAGAAGAGACAAAAAGCUUGUUUACCUUGACAAUUCCCCAGACUUCUGCGUGCGAAACGUUACCGCCGGAUCCCUAGGAGUGCUGGGAAGGACCUGCAGCAGCGAAGACGGUGGCGUGGACAAGUGCGUCUCUUUGUGUGACUCUUGUAGAUUGAGAUCUCGGACAGUGGAACACAGCAAGCAGGUCCCUUGCAGAUGUAAGUUUGUUUGGUGUUGCAGCAUACAGUGCAAAGAGUGCACAAAGAGGUAUUCUAUUACAACGUGUACGAGACGGUGAAAAGCGCCUUUCCACACACAUCGUUGCCAGCUUUUUCACUACCCUGCUGCAGGCACUAUCCGUUAAAGUGGUUGGAAACGAUACGUAGCUCAGGAAGCAGCUCGCCCAUCAAUAGAAAGGUCCAUGCGUAAGGAUUACAGAUUAGGAGGUCCAAUAUACCAUGCGGUAACGUUGCGACCAUUGCUGUGGAAAUACUCUUUGCUUUUACUUCCUUAUUUGUGACCAGUUAUAUCUAGCUGGAUUUUUGAAAACUUUACUACCAAAAUAGACCUCUUCCGUCAAGCAGGUAUUUUAUUGUUAUUAUCCAAAGUAUACAAGUAUAAAACUAAGAGUGCAGCCAUCUUACUUAAUUUUUCCCCUUCCCUUUCUUCCUUUAUCUUCGCUCUCUCUAUUUCUUUUCUUCUUUUCACCCGCCUAGUGUAUUUUUGUGUUUCCGGAUGCAAGAAAUGUCCCUUUUUGGCCCUUUUCAGUUAAAUGGUUGCAGGUUUUGGUAGGUACGCUUUCAAAAUCUGGCUAGAUAUACAUAUAUGGCACUUUGUUUAUUGAAAGGAAGAUUCAGGUGAGGCCUUCAAGUCAUUGCACCUCGCCAUUGUAAAUUCACUUCAUACAAGUUGUAUUUGUCAUUGUUAGGUAUCGUAGAUUAUAGAGUAUGUCACACUUUGGAUUACCUUGUUAUAACAUUGAAGUCUAUAAGCCCUUACCAUUAGCCUGGGCGGGGUGGGGGUCUCUCUAUGAUGGCCUAUACGGGAACGCUUCGCCCGAAAGGGGUAGCUUUUUUCUCUGUCCAGCCGGAUCAGUUCAUUCCUAAAUAGUAUGCACGGCAGAGACACAGUAGAACCCCGAUAACUCGAGCUCCCCGCUAACUCGAACUAACAUCAAUUUCGCUUGGAUUUCACCACACCCUUCAGUAAUUUUUACUCGGUUAUCUCGAACUUGGAUAACUCGAAUUCCCCGCUAACUCGAACAAAAUUUUCUUUCCCUUGAUCAAAAUGUCACUGAAAUUUACCCCGAUAACUCGAAUUCUGGUUCUUGUAACUCCACUUGUUGUAUAAUCGGUAAAACCACUAAAACUAACUCUACAGCUGUAUUUGAUUUUGAUUGGGGCAACGAGCAGAUCACGUUUUAUCAUAAAACGCUUAAUCAUAGUACCGUUUCUGAUGAAAUAAGUUAAAUUGCACUGUACUAUCACACCGAAGUUCUGAAAAAUCAGUAACUAUUAUAUUCAUUGCUAAGAUGACAAAAAUUGACAUUCAAUCGACCCCGGUAACUCAAACCCCCGCUAACUCGAACUGUUUUUCGUUUCCCUUCAGAAUUUGAUUUAACGGGGUUCUACUUUAAGUUUUAAACGCAAAUUUAUCUUUAGCGAAAACUUUAUACCAGUAGUGGCCUGUCACGACAGUCACGGGUGUGACUUUUGGAAAGCGCCCUUAGAUGUCAGCUAUUUCGAGAAAGGUUGCCGAAAAAAAGUGUGCACACGACAAUCCCGAUAGGUAAUAUGGGACAUGAUCAAUACACUGUUCCUGACACUGUAGCUGUCGAACCUACUUUUGUUGCCUUACUUUAACACUCGCGUACAUACGUUAAUGUCCUCUCUUGCCAUUCUUUCAGAUUUCUUUGAAGAACAGUAAACUCAAAACCACCCACAAUACCUUUCGGGAUUGGCGCGUGCACUUUUUCCGACAACCUUUCUCACCGUCUUUCUCGAAGUAGCUGUAUGUAUCUUGAGAAAAGUCUGUGACCAGCAGUCAAGUCUAAUUCUGAAAAAGUUGGAAAACGGCACCAUGAAAUGGGGUAAAUGCUCUUUCGUCACCGUUGGUCUCAGAUUAAAGUGUUGAUGCAUGUUGCACGUUUUGCGGAAAUUGUAUGAAAGCAGAAAGAUUCGCAUUUUGCCGUCACACUAAAACGCCGCCCUAAAAAGUUUGGUUUCGAUGGGCGGAAGCGCCUAUUUUGCUUUUAUAAGUCCCAACUGGAAGAAAAAAGUGAUGCAUGUGCAAAUUCAUCUAGAUUAGUGAGUGAGGUGAGGUCUUUGUUUAGUAGGACGAAAUGAUACUGAAAUGAGCAACAAAAUCAUACACUUUUAUCCCUGUGAGAUUUGGACGUGUAUAAAUUAAUUAACUCAGCCAACUACUUCUUUUGUCUAUUAAGAUGUCUUCUUUUGUAAAGAACCUUUGUCUUGUCGCUUAAUUAUGUCUACAUCGAAA